AUGGUCAAUUCACCCAUACCAAAAGAUCUCGCAACCGAAUGUAAAAAAGCAGCUAAAAUCUUGAACAGUUUUAUCGAUCCUAUUGAAGCAAAAGGUCCUGACAAAGUUAUUCCGCAAACUGUAUUGCAAAAUGCAAAAGGUUUUGCGAUCUUUACGGUCAUCAAAGCAGGCUUUUUGGUCUCAGGUAGAGCGGGUUCGGGUUUGGUCAUAUCAAAAUUAGAAGAUGGAUCAUGGAGCGCACCUUCUGCAAUAGGCACAGGAGGUAUGGGAUUUGGAGGUCAAAUAGGUGCCGAAAUGACAGAUUUCGUUAUAGUGUUGAAUAGUAAGGAUGCGGUAAAAACAUUUACGAAGGGUGGUAACGUCACAUUAGGAGGGAAUUUAUCCGUGGCAGCAGGUCCUAUCGGUCGUACGGCUGAAGGUGCUGGAUCUGUAUCACUUGGUCAUGCUGCUGCCAUAUUCUCUUAUAGUAAAUCAAAAGGUUUAUUUGCUGGUGUGUCAAUUGAAGGUAGUAUCGUUGUCGAAAGAAAAGAAGCUAACGAAAAAUUUUAUCAUCGUAAGGUUAAUGCAAAAGAAUUACUCUCUGGUCAAAUUUCUCCUCCACCGCAAGCUGAUGUGUUAUAUAGAGCUUUAAAUUUGGUGACAAAAG